GCAUUUGCAUAUAAACUUUCAAGCAUUCCAUUUUCCUCAAUUUCUUUCCAAUUGUAAAUAAGCGCUAAGGUAAUCAUAGUGUUUCACUUACCCAUUGAGAAAGAAGAAAAAAAAGAGAAGAAAAAAAGAAAAAGGUGAAAAAAAAACAAAAAAAAGUCAUUAGUAGCAGCACUAACAAUCAUAACCUAAAAUAGUGCUCAAGUUUGACACUGUAGUCACCUUCAAUAAAAUAUAGAAAUGGAACUUUCAACAUUCUCCUCCUAGUAAAAACAACAAAUCCUGAAAGCCAUUGGUAACCAGGGAUUAAAAGUCCCAUCAUGCCAGCUGCAGUUGCCACACCACUAUACUCUCUGUCUCUCUCUCUCUCUCUCUCUUUAUUUCUUUCAUUAGCAAUCUUUAUAACUGUAAAUUCUGUUUCUAUGCUGUAGAAUCAAGAAUCCUCUGCUUUCUCUGCUUUGUUAGCAAAACAGAAUCAAAUGUCUGAUCAGAAAACAGGGUUAAUGAAUGACCAAUUAUCAAAACCAACUUCGGUUUUUGGUUUAAGAGUAUGGGUAGUUCUUGGUGUUUGUGUAGGUGCAGCAUUUGUUCUUGUUCUUUUCUUGAUCACUGUCUGGCUAGCUUCAAAACGUUCCAAGAAAGAUAAUAAAAAUAGCAAACCAAAAAUUCCAGUUGUAUCCAAAGAGAUCCAAGAAAUCAGAGUUGAACCCGUUAAACCAAACCGAGCUCAAAUCCAAACCCACCCGUUUCCUGACCCAGAAAUUGCCGCUGGAAAUGAAAGACAAGCUUUAUUGCUUAUGCCACCGGAGGAGGAAAGUCCAAUGGGGUAUCAUCAUGGUACUGGUAAUAUUCAAAUUGAGAUCGGUAAAGGUCAUUUGAUUUCUUAUCCCGUGUCUUCUGGAGAAGCGCCACGUGGCGGUGGCGAUCAGCUGGCUAUGGUGGUGGGUCCUGAUGUAUCACAUUUAGGUUGGGGACAUUGGUAUACUUUGAGAGAGUUAGAGGCAUCAACUAAUGGUUUUGCUGAUGAGAAUGUGAUUGGCCAAGGAGGGUAUGGGAUUGUUUAUUAUGGUGUUUUAGUGGAUAACACUCAGGUUGCUGUCAAGAACUUGCUCAAUAAUAGGGGACAAGCUGAGAAGGAAUUCAAAGUUGAAGUGGAAGCAAUUGGAAGAGUUAGGCAUAAGAAUUUAGUGAGACUGCUUGGUUAUUGUGCUGAAGGAUCUCAUAGGAUGCUGGUUUAUGAGUAUGUGAACAAUGGAAACUUAGAACAAUGGCUUCAUGGAGAUGUAGGAUCUUGCAGUCCUCUUACUUGGGAAAUAAGAAUGAACAUCAUCUUGGGUACGGCAAAAGGGCUAACCUAUCUUCACGAGGGACUUGAACCGAAAGUUGUUCACCGUGACAUAAAAUCAAGCAACAUUCUGCUUGACAAACUAUGGAAUGCCAAAGUUUCAGACUUUGGCCUUGCCAAGCUUCUUUACCCAGAGAGCAGCUAUAUUACAACUCGUGUAAUGGGGACAUUUGGCUAUGUAGCUCCUGAGUAUGCGAGUACAGGCAUGGUAAAUGAAAGGAGUGAUGUGUUUGGCUUUGGAAUUCUUAUUAUGGAAAUUAUUUCUGGAAGGAAUCCAGUUGAUUAUAGCCGGCCCCCGGAUGAGGUGAAUUUAGUUGAAUGGCUUAAGAGGAUGGUUACUAACAGGAAUCCUGAGGGAGUGCUGGAUCCCAAGCUACCCGAGAGGCCUUCUUCAAGAGCAUUGAAGCGAGUUCUUCUUGUCGCUUUACGUUGUGUAGACCCAAAUGCGCAGAAGCGACCAAAAAUGGGACAUGUUGUACAUAUGCUUGAAGCGGAUGAGUUCCCCUUCAGAGAUGAUCGCAGAGGAGGAAAAGACCCAAGAGGCACACAGUGCGACAAUAAUAAGGAUGCGUUGAUGGAGAACUCAAUGACAGAAUCAGGUGAUAGAAGUGGGGUGCAAGAUGGUGACGUGAUCAAGAAUACCAGGGAGAAAAGCAAUCAGUGAGCUUGUUCAGAGUGGGAUUGCAAAUACGUAAGUUACUGCCUGCUGCUGCUCUGCUCCUUGUAGAUAAGAUACUGGCCUACCAAAAUGAAAGCAACUCUGUAACCAUCUCUUAUUUUCCCCUAUACUAUUUGUUUGUAUCUUGUACACCUGCGGAAAAUAUACCAGCCAUCAUAGGAAGAUAGAAAUCAAACGUCACAAUCAAGGACUCUCUUUUUGUUGGAAAAGCUUUGAGCAUAAGGUCUGUCAUGUAAUUCGCAGUUGCAAUGUAAUAAAUAAGGUAUAUAACUUCUCUACUAA